GCAUGAGAUGAGCAGAGUACCAAGCUCCAACGGGAAGAAAGAUGGUGGAAGCAGGAGCUGUUCAUCUCCUGAUCUGGACAUUAAACCAGUUCGUCUGUCCAGCAGUCCUGCAGAGAGCAGUGAGAGUGACCGAGGUUCACGUCUGGCCAGCAGGGAAAAGGCAAGGAGGGAGAAGAGAGGACGAACGCAGCAUCCAUCCUCAGAAAGACGCACGGCUGCAAAGAGUUUCAAUAAACCAGAUGUCACUGCCUCAGUUUUGCUGCCACGAAGCUCAGAAAGCAGCGCCUCCUCUGAGGAAGGCAGCAUCAACGUUCCUGUCGUUUCCCGUCAGUCGGUGGAAGGAGCCACGGAGCAAACCAAGACAGACGUCGAAGAGGAGAGUCAGAGUACGCAGGAGGAAGAGAGUUCAAACGAAGAGUGUCCGAGUGAGAAGGUGGGCACCCAAAGUCACGCUGGCAGUUCAGAGAGCUGCGGUGCCGAGCAGGAACCAGGAAAGAACGUCAUAAAAACUGAAACUAGAGCUGAAGAGGAAACAGACGAUCAGGAGGGCAGCAGCCAAGAAAAAGAUGAAGGAGGAAGACUGAAGAACCUGGGAGAUCAAGAAGAAACAAGUGAGGAACAGAGCAGUGAUAUGGAGGAGGGUGACCACGACGAUUCAACAAGAAUAACAGAGGAGGAAGCCCAGGAUAGGAUGGAGGAUCAGGGAGGGGCUGAAGAGGAAACAGACGAUCAGGACAGCAGCCAAGAAAAAGAUGGAGAAAGACUGAAGAACCCGGGAGAUCAAGAAGAAACAAGUGAGGAACAGAGCAGUGACGUGGAGGAGGGUGACCACGACGAUUCAACAAGGAUCCCAGAGGAAGCCCAGGAUAUGAUGGAGGAUCAGGGAGAGGCUGAAGAGCAGCCAAAUGUGCUGAAGAGCAAAGAUACGGAGAUACAAAAGCAAGGACCUGUCUCCUCACAGGACGAAGAUGAGGACGAAGAUGAGGAUGAGAUGGAACAGGACGAGGAGGAGUCAAGUGAAGAUCAGGGUGAGGAAACGGAAGAGAGUGGAGAUUCAGAGGACGUUAUCAUCACUCCGCAGAUUAAAGGGUCUAAGCAAAUCCAGAUUAUUUCUGAAGAAGUUGAGGAG